GCAGAGAAAGAAGUGAGCAAGGAAGCUAAUUUUCAUUCCUUUUUCUGCAGCUGAGAGAGAAGGAAUGGAGAGAAGUGGGUUUCUUAUUUUCCUCUUUCUUUUAAAUAUGCUGAUAUACUGUGGAGGAUAUUGGAAGGUGAGCGGUAGUUGCUUGGAUUCCGAGAGAAAAGCUCUUAUCACUUUUCGGAAGGCUCUCAACGACCGCCACAAUAUUCUCUCUUCUUGGGAUGAUGAAGCCUCAGACUGCUGCAAAUGGAGAGGAAUUACCUGCCACAACAUAACUGGGUUUGUUCUUAAACUCGACCUCCACACUUAUAACAACACUUUGAGUCUAAGUGGCAGAAUUGAUCCAGCUGUGGUUGAACUGAAGCAUCUUCAGUUGUUGGACUUGAGCUACAAUGCUUUUUAUGGUAUCCCAAUUCCAGAGUUUUUGGGUUCCAUGAAGGAGUUGAGGCAUUUGAACUUGUCAUAUGCAGGGUUCAGUGGGAGAAUCCCUCAUCAGCUUGGAAACCUCUCUCACCUCAUUUCCUUGAAGCUUUCUUCAUAUAAGUACCCCGACUACCUACUGAGUGCCAAAAACCUGUGGUGGUUGACAAACCUAACAUCUCUCAAGUAUCUCGACAUGCCUGAUGUGAACCUUUCCAUGGCAAGCCAUGAUUGGGUGCACGUAAUGAACAAGUGUCCUUCCCUCGUUGAGCUACGCUUACAAUUUUGUGGUCUUUCAUAUAUUUCUCCAACUCUUGCUUCUGUUAAUUUCACAUCUCUCCGUGUCCUUCAUCUCUCUUGGAAUGACUUCAACUCUAGAAUUCCAAAGUGGAUAGGUAACAUUAGUGCUCUUGUGUCUUUAAAUCUCUCAUCUAACAAUUUUGAUGGUCCAGUUCCUUACCAAUUUUCACAACUUCCCAACUUGGAAGAGUUGCAGCUGGGAGGAUAUCUCUGUCCUAACUGUUCACAACUCCCUGAAGGCAGUUGGAGUAAACUGAAGCUACUUGAUCUAUAUUUGAGUGAGCUGCAUGGAGGAAUCUCCAAUUCUAUUUGGAAUAUCACAUCACUCAAGUCUCUCUCUUUCUCAUUCAAUGAGAAUAUAAGAGGUUGCAUUCCAAGAGCCAUAACUAAAUGA